AUGGCUGACUCGUUCAAGCAAGACGGCGCCGUGCAGGCGAAGAACAUGGCCGAGCGCUGCUUCCUCCGCGGCGACGUGGCUGGAGCGAAGCAAUGGUGCCAGAACGCGCAGAGGCUGGACCCGGACCUCCCCGGCGUCGCCCAGGCCGCGGCCGCCUACGCCGUGCACUGCGCGGCGGCGCGGAAGGUCCUCGGGCCCGACGGCUGUGGGCCCGACUGGUACGCCGUGCUCGGCCUGCCCCCGCCGCGCUCCGGCCUUCUCACCCACGACGCCGUCAAGAAGCAGUACCGGAAGCUGUGCCUGCUGGUGCACCCCGACAAGAACACCUCCCCCGCCGCCGACGGCGCGUUCAAGUUCGUCCAGGACGCCUGGAAGGCACUCUCGGCUAGCCAUCCCCCGCCGGAGGCCGCCGCCGCGCCGUGCACGCGUCCGAAGCGGGCGGAAGACCUGUACCGCACCAAGCCGGCGACAGCGUCGGCCAGGAAGCCGCCCGAACCACCCAAGCCGACACGGCAACAACAACCGCCGCCGCCGCCGCCGAAACAGACCGCACCGAGGAGACCUCAGGUCGUGCAGAUGCGUCGGUCUGCACAACCGGUGCCAGCGCAGACGACUCGUUCCGGGCAGAAACCACAGCGGAAGACGACGGCGCCGCCGCCGCCGGUAGCGAGGCCCCCAUCACCGGACAGGGGAAAAUGCCAGUACUGCGGCGCUCGCACGGUUAUCCGAGGCGCGGUAGGCGCCAAAUCUUUUCGGUGCAUGAGCUGCCACCGGAGCCCCAUGGACGACAAGCCGCGCUGUUCUGACGACGAAUAUGAUGACGAAUAUGACGACCACGACUACUACGACGAUGGACCAUGGUGA